AAAAAUGACAAAACAGUGAGAGAGGAAGAGACCAUGAUCUUUACAUCUCCUAUGUCCUGUCCUCCACUCUGUGACGAAAAUUAUUUAAAAGUAAAACCCUAGUUGUCUCCGUCUUUCUCCCAAUCAAUCUUCAGAAAGUCGCGAGAAUCUGAAGUCACGAUUUUUUUUCUGUCCUUUUUGUUCUCGAGAGAAUCGAAUUAUGUACAAGGAACGGAGUGGAGGAGGUGGCGGUUCGUCGAGAUCGGAGAUCGUCGGCGGAGCAAUUGAUCGGAAACGAAUCAACGACGCACUCAACAAGAGACUAGAGAAGUCUUCAACUUCCACUUCUAAAGACAAACAUCAGCUUCCAGAUGUGGAGUCUGAAACGGAUAGUGAAGAAGGUUCGGAUGUGAGUGGAUCGGAAGGUGAUGAUGAUGAUGAUACGUCGUGGAUCUCGUGGUUUUGUAAUUUGAGAGGGAAUGAUUUCUUCUGUGAAGUCGAUGAGGAUUAUAUACAAGAUGAUUUUAAUCUUUGUGGGUUGAGUGGUCAAGUUCCUUACUAUGAGUAUGCGCUUGAUCUCAUCCUAGAUGUUGAAUCUUCAAACAGUGAGAUGUUUACUGAAGAACAGAAUGAACUUGUGGAAUCAGCAGCUGAAAUGUUGUACGGUCUUAUUCACGUUCGUUACAUUUUGACUACUAAAGGACUGGCUGCAAUGACUGAGAAGUACAAGAAGUGUGAUUUCGGGAGAUGCCCGAGAGUUUUCUGUUGCGGACAAUCUUGUCUACCAGUUGGACAAUCCGACAUCCCGAGAUCGAGUACCGUGAAGAUAUACUGCCCAAAAUGUCAAGACAUAUCUUACCCGCGAUCUAAAUUCCAAGAUAUUGAUGGAGCAUACUUCGGAACCACAUUCCCUCACUUGUUCUUGAUGACUAACGGCAACUUAAAGCCGCAGAAACCGACUCAGAGUUAUGUCCCAAGAAUCUUUGGCUUUAAGGUACACAAACCAUGAUAAUAUGAGUCAUCUGCUUUCUCAAUCAUUGGUGAUACAUCUAGUGCGCAUGAGAUGAGCAACUGAAACGUUAGCUGUGGUUUGAAUGGUGCGUACAAUCAUUGGUGAACGAUGAUAUGAGCUUAAAAUCAAGUUGUAACAUUGGAAUUUUAUAAGAAUCUCAUUAAGUCCCAAAUGUAACAGCCUGUCUGGUCUCAUUUUUGGAUUUUUGUUUCUACUGUUAUAUGUUCUUCUCAGUUUAUUUUUUCAAUCUAAUUUCAUGCACCUA